AUGGCGAUCUGUACUUAUAACGCACGUACGCUUGCAUCGGAAGCGGCCAUCGAAGAUCUGAUGAUGCAAGCCAAGAAGAUCAAGUACGACGUCAUCGGACUGACCGAGACGAGACGACGUCACCCUCUCAACGCCGUAUAUGAAACUGGAGAAGAACUGUUCUUAGGAACAUGCGACAGUAGAGGUGUUGGUGGAGUUGGCGUCCUCGUCAACACGAGUAUGGCAAAGAACAUCGACUCUUUUGAACAACUUACGACCCGAAUCGGACGUCUGCGGAUGAGAAGAUGUGGCCCAAUACCAGCUUUGACUAUCUUCGUCGUUUACGCUCCAACAUCAAGCUACGAAGAAGAAGAAGUCGAAGCUUUCUAUAUGGACCUGGAGAAGUUCUACCAAGAAGAUCAUGCCUUCUACAAGGUCAUAGUUGGCGAUUUCAACGCUAAGGUUGGCCCAAGAAGAACGCCGGAGGAACUUCACAUCGGGACCCACGGCCUACAAUGGAAUGACCAGGGAGAGAGGCUCGCCGAGUUCAUCAUGACGACUAAGACCAUCCAUGGGAACUCGCAAUUUCAGAAGCCCUCUUCUUUACGCUGGACGUGGGAGUCACCCGGUGGAGGGUACCGUAAUGAAAUAGACCACAUCAUCGUCAAUAAAAGGUUCUGCCUGACGGACGUCGGUGUUGUACCAAAGUUCUAUACGGGAUCGGACCAUCGCCUCCUCCGAGGAAGAUUUUCCUUCACAAGGAGAGCAGAGAAAGCCGCCAAGUUCAGAGAGAGAAAUCCCAGGACUACCAUCAACUGGGAUCUCUUCGCUACGCUGGCCGGCUUUUGGGAAGAUUCUGCAAUGGACAACAUCGACGAGGAAUAUGACCGGCUUGUCGAACACCUUCACGACUGCGCGAAGAAGGCUGAGAGUUUUAAAACCACCAGGAGACGCCUGUCUCUUGAAACUCUUGAGCUGAUACGCCAGCGUGGAGCAGCACGAGCCGCAGGGAACCAAGAACUCACGUCCGAGCUCGCAAGGCUUUGCCGAGAGGCGAUAAAGGAAGACCUUAAAGAGAGAAGAGCAGAAGUGCUGGCUGAAGCUGCAGAGGCGGGGAAAAGCAUCCGCUAUGCCCGUCGAGACUUCGCCAGUCGCAAGACGAGGAUGACUGCUCUCCGGAACCCAAAGGGAACAGCCAUUGCAUCGAGAAGGGGGAUGGAGAAAAUCAUCUACGACUUCUACUCUGAUCUCUUCGACAGCCAUGUCCACUUGCCUCCUCACCAUCUGAGGGAAGAUGGACAAGUCAUUCCAGAGGUUCUCCCGUCCGAAAUACGACAUGCUAUCAUGUCGGUAAGAAAUCGUACGGCACCCGGUCCCGACAGAAUAAGACCAGAACACCUGAAGAGCCUUCCGCCAGUACUCAUCAACACCCUGGCGAGGCUCUUUACACGUUAUCUGUCGGAAUGCAAGGUUCCUAAACAGUGGAAGACCAGCAAGACCGUGUUGUUGUAUAAAAAGGGAGAUCCACAUGACAUCGGCAACUAUCGCCCAAUCUGCCUACUGUCCGUCAUCUACAAGCUCUUUACAAGAGUAAUCCUUAAUAGGAUUGAAAAAGUCUUGGAUGAAGGACAGCCAUGCGAGCAAGCAGGGUUUCGAAAAGGAUUCAGCACGAUUGACCACAUUCACACUGUUUCGAAACUCAUCGAGGUAUCACGAGAGUACAAGAUGCCGCUCUGUCUCACCUUCAUCGACUUAAAGAAGGCUUUCGACUCGGUUGAGACGGAAGCGGUCGUGGAAGCCUUGGACAACCAAGGCGUCCCUACUCAGUAUAUUAAGGUACUUCGAGAGUUGUACAGUAACUUCACGACCGGAAUUUCGCCAUUCUACAAGAACAUCAUCAUUGACGUGAAGAGGGGGGUCCGACAGGGUGAUACAAUUUCACCCAAAAUAUUCACAGCCACCCUCGAGAACGCAAUGCGAAAGUUGGAAUGGGACGACAUGGGAGUGAAGGUUGAUGGUCGGCAGCUACACCAUUUGCGCUUUGCUGAUGACAUCGUACUGAUAACACCUAGCAUCAGCCAAGCGGAACGAAUGCUGACCGAAUUCGACGAAACAUGUGGAUGCAUCGGUCUUCAGCUGAAUCUACAAAAGACGAUGUUCAUGCGGAACGGAUGGGUCUCAGAUGCCCCAUUCACGCUCAACGGAACGAACAUAUCCGAAUGCACCAGCUACGUUUAUCUGGGUCGGGAACUGAACAUGAUGAACGACCUGACCCCCGAGCUGGGCAGGAGGAGACGAGCGGCUUGGGGAGCGUACAAGAGCAUCGAGGAUGUAGUGAAGAAGACCAGGAACACCCGGCUCCGUGCUCACCUCUUCAACACCACCGUACUUCCUGCUUUGACCUAUGCUUCGGAAACCUGGGCAUUUCGCAAGCAGGAAGAAAACGCGGUGAGCGUCAUUGAACGCGCAAUUGAGAGAGUGAUGCUAGGAGUAUCCCGUUUCACGCAAGUGAGGGACGGGAUUCGAAGUUCCCUCCUACGUCAGCGAUCGAAGGUUAGAGACGCCGCCGCGUUUGCCAAGGAAAGUAAAAUAAGGUGGGCCGGACACGUGAUGCGCUUUGAUGACAACCGCUGGACCAGAGCCGUGAGCGACUGGGUUCCCCGCGAUAUUAAGCGCACUACAGGAAGACCGCCGACCCGAUGGUCAGAUUUCUUCACGAAGUCCUUGAAAGAAAAAUAUGAUGCUCUUCGUGUCCCACGCGAAAGGAGGAACCACUGGGCUACUCUGGCACGCGAUCGGGACAAAUGGAAGAAUUACUGGCGCCCGCUCGACCAGUUCGAAGAUCAACGGGAGUCAAGGUGA